GUUUUUUAUCUGUGGUUCAAAUCCGGGCUUCGUGCGUGUGCAUUUUGAGUUUGUUAUAGUAAAAUUUAAAAGGAUUUUACAUCUAUUUGGUCAAGUUUCGUAGCAAAUAUUAACAAAGAUGCAGGGCCCGGCAGUUUUUAUGGAUAUCUCGCUUGAAGAUCAAGCUUUAGAGUUAAGAAAGUAUUUCAAAAGUAUGGGAGCCGAGAUAUCAGAAGAAAAGUCUCCAAAAGGCAUCGAAGACGACUUGCACAAGAUUGUCGGAGUUUGCGAUGCUUGCUUCAAAGAACCUAACGAAGCAGACAUCGAAGCUAUCUUCAACAGUAUUGUUUCGAUUAUGGUGUCGAUACCUCUUGAACGAGGGGAGAACCUUAUUGUAGCAUUCAGUCAGCGGCUUGCUAAGGCUCCUGCACCCAAACUUGGCAUGGUGGCAUUACAAACGUUAUGGCGACUCUACAACAACCUAGAGGCAAACUCCCCACUUCGCUACCAUGUGUACUACCACGUUGUAGAGCUGGGAGCCCGUGUAGGAGCCGUGCGGGAUAUAUUCACCGGUGUUGAGCAGCUACGCAAAGAGUUCCUCGGCUGCCCGCCCUCCAACGAACAAAUGCAGAAGUUAUACAGACUUUUACACCAGGUUCUAAAGGAUCAAAACAGUGAAUUGGCAUCAAAGGUGAUGAUAGAGCUGUUGGGGACAUACACAGACGAGAACGCGUCGUAUGCUAGGGAGGAUGCCAUCAAAUGCAUAGUGACGGCGCUGGCUGACCCCACCACAUUCCUGCUAGACCCGCUGCUGUCGCUCAAACCUGUGAGGUUCCUAGAGGGCGAGCUAAUUCAUGAUUUGCUCACCAUCUUUGUCUCAGAGAAGCUCUCCAGUUACCAGGCGUUCUACAACAACCAUAAGGAAUUUGUCCACUCUCAGGGCUUGAACCAUGAGCAGAACAUCAAGAAGAUGCGGAUACUGUCGUUCAUGCAGAUGGCAGAGAGCAACCCGGAUAUCACCUUCGAUGAGAUCACCACCGAGCUGCAGAUUGAGGAGAAGGAUGUGGAGGCGUUCAUUAUUGAAGUGCUGAAGACGCGGCUGGUGCGCGCCCGCAUGGACCAGGCGGGCCGCAGGGUGCUGGUGUCGUCCACCAUGCACCGCACGUUCACGCCGGGCCAGUGGCGCACGCUGCGCAGCGUGCUGCAGGCGUGGCGGGCCAACGUGCACGCGGCGCACGAGCAGAUGAACUCCGUGGCCGCCGCGCAGCGGGACUACCAGCACCAGCAGACCAAGGCUGCUUAAUGAACGUUAAUCAAUAAAACUUGUAUAAUAAAAA